UGAAGCUUGACUGCCAAACACCAAAAUCCCAGCGGAAGUCCUUCCUUUCAUGUUCCGGCUGUUUUUUGAGGUUGUGCGCGCGUCUUAUUCGCAGCAGUCGAGAAGAACUUAAAAUACUUAUUUGUGACACUAGUGUUUAAAAUGUCCAAUACCAGGCACCAGAAGUUUCGGAACUUUCUAACUGAACGCUUUACUAACGUGGCUGUGGAGAUAUUUGCAGAAGUUGAAGCUAUUGUGGAGGCGUAUUAUGAGGACAACAAACGGCUGCGGAACAUACUGCACAUGGUGCUCAACCCCGAAAUACAGUUACCCAGGAUAGAUGUUAGUCAAUACACUGGAGCAACCACAGAUGUCAGAGAGCAGCCCCCUGAGCUCAAGGUGGACCUGGUUAUAUCAGAGCCGAAGCCUAAGAAACUGAAAGAAGAGCAAAUUGAAUAUGACAUAAGUUCGGGAUCAGAACAACGACAAGGGCCGAGGGAAGUUGAUAACUUCGUUACCCAAGACAGUUGUGUGAAAAGAGAACCAGAAGAAGACGACUCAAACAUGCCCUGCAUCACUAACUCAUACCAUGUUAAUGUGGCAGAGUUCAACCCCGACUCGUCAUUCACACUCUCAGGUGACGAAGCGAAUUAUGAACCGGGGGACUGGUUCUCAUUGGGCUCCGAGGCAGUCACAGACUGCCCACAGCUACCAAGGAGCGAAGACGGCACGUGUGAAAGUCAAGAAGCUCAAAACCAUAAUAAAAAGUUAAUGAAAAAGAAGUCAAAGCGCUCCCUGCAGAAAACCAUGCUAGAAUUACCAAGGAUGAUGCCCUACAAAUCUUUUGUCCCCACCCCAACUGACUGCAAGUCCUUUUUGGCAAGGCUCACUGAAGCCUACAAGGAUGUUCCUGAUGACAAGAAGCCUCUGAUAACAAAAAUGGGCCUCACAGAGGAUGUGGAAUUAGUGGACUGUGCUUUCGGCCAAGUCCCGAAAGGUUGCCCCCUGUCCUACCAGUGCCCUGUGCCAUCAAGUCAGGAUUACAAGACGUAUGAUGAUGCUCCUCCUCGACCGCUGCUUCCCCUGUCUUAUCACGCGCUGGAGCCAGUGUUGGCUCUUCCUACCCUCAACGCCAAGGAGCAGGAACAUAUGAACAUCAUGCAGAUCACCUGGGAGGCAGCACGCAGUCUGGAGCACUCUACACGCAAAUGCAAGGAGCUAGUAGAGGAGAUGUGUAAGCUGCGCUUGACCACCCGUUUCAGGGAGAUCUGCAAGCUUAAACCAGGACGGAGCCAUGCAGAUCACCUGAUAUUCAAGAUACAGAAAGGAUUCCCCAAAUACAAGGUGUCUCCGGUAGAUGAGGAAAUGAAGGCUGAAGCACUUAGGGAAUACUGUCGACAGUUGUCUGUUAACUGGUCCCCCUGCGGUUUUGUUGUCCAUCCGAAUGCUCCAUGGCUGGGGGCACAGCCUGACGGUUUGGUGUACGACCCCAAUGAGAAUCCCAAUUUUGGGCUUGUGCAUAUCAAAUGCAUCAAUUCCCGGAGCUUCAUCGACUGCGGGUUCCUGGUCUUCAAGGACGGGGUCUUGCAACUAAAGAAAAACCACUCGUACUAUUGGCACAUCCAAGCAGAGAUGAUGGUGACGGGCACAUCGUGGUGUGAUCUGUUGGUGUUCUCCAGAGAAGACCUACUUGUCCAACGCAUCUACCGAGACACUGUUUUCAUCAACACCAUGAAGAAGAAGUUGACUGAUUUCUUUUUCUAUUACUAUCUGCCAAGUCUGUUUUAAACUGUCACAGCUUAGGUUUUAUGACAUGGUCACACUUCUGUCAUAAACUACAUGCUGUUCCUCUCAGGCGGUCAAAGGAGUUUUAACAGAUUGCAAAAGACUUGAAUGUGAUAUUUUCUGACCACUAAUGUUGUACUGGCAUUGCUAGAUAUCUUAUUUGUUUCAUUUAGUCGAGUCAAGAGGGCGUUUGUGUUUUUGGUGUAAGAUUUCUCUCAUUCUCUCAAGUAUUUUCUUCAGUAGCUAUGAAGACAUUUUUUUUUAUUUUUUUUUAUUUUCUUUUACUUUGAAAUUACUGUUGAGACAGCCAGAUCCAGUGUGCAAUUUACUCUCCAAAGCAGCCGUGAUCUAGGGCUGCACCUACCGUAAAGAUUAUUAAUGAUUAAUCCGCUGAACAUUACUACCUUAGUUUCCCCUGAGCACAAGCUCGCAUAGAUUUUGUCUUAAGGUAAGACAAAGGUAAUGUCCUUUAACAGAGAAUGACUUCGAUCAGAAGGUUUGAAUGUUGAAAUGAAAAGUAAAAACAUUUAAAUAAAGACAGAUUUUGUCAGUUUAA